AAAUCCCAAUACCAGCCCAAAACCGAAAUCCCUUUUCGAUCGAUCUUCUAUUCUUCUUCCUCUUUUCGUUCACCAGCUCACCACCGAAGACUCCCUCUCCGCCGAUUCGCCGCCGACCGCCGGUUCUGCGGACGCCAGGAGAAGUAAAACAAAGGCUACGAUGUUGAGGAGGAGAUUGUCUUCCUUAUUGGCAGCAUCGAUUCGCCAUAGUUCGAUAUACUGCAGGGCAAACUUCAACUCUGAAACAAUCUCGUCACGGUCUCUGUUGCAAUCGAUGCAAUGCUGUCAGCCCAGAUCUAACCCUGGUGAGGGUUUCUUUACUCAAGGAAUUAGGGCUUACAGUUUGCUCAGCCUGAACGAUCUUAGAGAUAGCCAACCCAGGAAGCAGAAGAAAAGAAAAGGUCGUGGUAUUGGUUCUGGUCUGGGGAAGACUGCUGGACGAGGUCAUAAGGGACAGAAGGCCAGAGGAACCAUGAAAUUUGGGUUCGAAGGAGGCCAGACUCCUCUCCGUCGGCGAUUGCCGAAGAGAGGAUUUAAGAAUCCUUUCACCCUCACUUUUCAGCCAGUUGGGUUGGGAAAGAUUGCAAACCUUAUAAAUGCAGGCAAGAUUGACUCAUCAGAACUGAUUACAAUGAAAACUCUCAAGGAUGCUGGGGCAAUUGGAAAGCAGAUAAGAGACGGAGUCAAAUUAUUUGGACGUGGUGCUGAGCAGAUUGAAUGGCCAAUUCAUCUGGAGGUGUCAAGGGUGACAGCUAGGGCGAAGGCAGCAGUUGAAGAAGCUGGUGGAUCUGUAAGGAGAGUUCAUUAUAACAAAUUGGGUUUCCGUGCAUUACUGAAGCCUGAGUGGUUUGAGAAGAAGGGGCGUCUACUGCCAAGACCAGCCAGGCCUCCACCAAAGCAGCGGGACAAGGUUGAUAGCAUAGGGCGCCUGCCUGCCCCAACCAAGCCAAUUCCAUUUUUGCCAGAAGAAAAAAUUACUUCUGCCACUCAAACUGCUCCAUAAGCCUAAGUGAGCUUUGGCUGGUCUUAUUCAGGUUUUCAGGAGUAUUGCUCUUUCGGGGUUUCUCUGGAACAAUGAUUACUUGUAACAAUUUUGUUUAUAAUAAUUAAGUUGAUGCCAGUUUCAUUGAGUUGGUUAUUUGGAUACGAAGUACACUAUGGUUAAAGGCGAAUGUUUUCUGGUUCCAAAUUGAUGAGUAAUCUGACUCAGACAUAAGUCUGACCGUUAUUUAGUUAUUUCAUUUGCCCCCCUUCCCUGUUUA